UUUCAAACAAAAGCUCUUAUCAACAUUUUAUAUCUUUAUUUCGUUGUUUUUUUUUAUCACACGUGUGUAGUUACAAAAUUUCCCUCGAAAUAAGGAAAAGUCAGGGGAUAUGUGUCAUAUAUUAUUUAAUGUAGAUGUGUACCAAUUUCGUCUCGAAACCAUCCUGCUGCUGUUACUGCUGACCCGGGACGCACGUUAUACAGAAUUAGGGAUGACCCCCGAUCCACCGGCACAGUCGCGCCAUCGCUCUGCGGUAUUCCUGCCAAUUGUACCUGCCAUCCAAGCCGUCCCGGCCCUGUGUCCGGUCGCGGAAACGGGGUCAUCCAAACUGAGAACUCAGGCAAGUACACGUCUCGCUUUGAUUUACUUGCUCGCCCUGAUGUCCUCCCAAGUUUCAGCCAACGAUCUACACUAUCUACAACGGGUCACUCUAGCGGCUUCAGCGACAAUCAGGCUGACCCGGGACGCUCGUUCAAAAGCGACAUGGAUGGCUCCCAAUCCACCGACACAGUCGCGCCACCGCUCUGCUGUAAUCAACAACACUGUUCCUGCCGUCCAAGUCGUCCCGGCCCUGUGUUCGGUACCGGAAACGGAGCUGUGAGCACUCGACAUCGUCCUAGAAGAAUCCCCAGCACCGGAGUAGCCGCGGCCGCUGUUGCGGAGAGAAUGCGCUCGCUGACUGAGCGUCGGCCCAACAGCCGAACUGUCAUUUGGGCUCUAUUUACAGCGGUACAAUGGGGUCCUAUACAACAAUACUCACAUCUUCCCUCUUCUCCGGGGUAAUGAUUAAAAAAUACAAAUCUCUUACGUUAUUUUCUCCAAUUUGUUUAAAUAUUGGAACCGAAAUAAUAUAGUCAUGACUC